AUGACUUCUCCUCCAGGGAAGGCCCUUGUCUACGUGAGGGACGACUGGCCUCAGCACCAAGUCGACCUCACCCCGUACUCCAACGAUGGGCAGGAAAUCGUGGCGGUCCGGAUCCAGGUCCAGCAGCACCACAUCGUCCUAGCAUCCAUUUACUAUAGACCGCUCAAGUCCGCGACACAGCAAAGAACUAACCUAUGGAUCUCCCAUAUUCACGAUCUUUACCCCAAAGAACAAAAGCUGUACGGAGGAGACUUUAAUCUCCACCACCCUAUGUGGGGAUACAACCAUGAAUCUCCGGGGGCGAAAGACUUAGUGGGCGAGAUACAUUCCUUCCGCUUAAACCUGGUCAACAAGAAAGGAGUCAGAACAAGACUAGGAGGUUCCGGGCAGUCGGAUGCCACACCCGACCUCACUUGA